CAUUCUUUUGAAAAGAAGAUUUCAUUCCUUUGAAAAUUUUGUUCUAUCCACGAUAUUUCAAGAAAAAUAAAGUAAAAUUUAUUCAGAGGGUAGGUGACAUGGGAGGGUGCAUCGGUGACUAGGGAUCAGUUGCAGUUCAACCGUUGCACACGAUGGAUCAACUACAAGUUUAUUACAAACAGACUAUAUUCGUGUUAUCAGCAGUAGGUCUGUGGCCAUAUCAGAAUAAAUACUUCCGAUUGGUUUGCAAUAUCUUCAUCACCUUCAUUUAUCUUUCGUUCCUUCAUGCUCAGAUAGCCGCUAUGACGAACACAAAUCAUACCCUGCAUUAUUUGCUGAGGAGUAUAUUUUACAUGUCAGUGGAGAUGGGUUCGCUACUGAAAUACGGUACAUAUUACUUACAAGCCGACACAAUUAAACAUCUGAUGGAAGAAGUGAAACACGAUUGGAGAACAGAAAAUGAUGAAAUGCUUGAUAUUCUCAGAAACUUCGCCAAUUCGGGAAGACAUUACGCCUUUUAUUUCGCGUUGAUUUGUUUUACACCAGCCUUCGUACUCAUAGGAUGCGAGAUGUGCAAUUAUAUUUUGGAUACAGUCGCACCGUUAAAUUAUACUCGUCCGUACGCUAUACCGGCAGUAUACUUCGUUGACGAAAGGAAGUAUCGUUUUUUGAUCCUAAUAUAUCAGUCUUUUACAUUCUUGGUAUGUGCAGCUGUGUUUGCUGGGACAGAGUCAUUGGUUAUUAUGUGGCUGCAUCAUUUUAAUGCUUUAUAUGUACUCGUCAGCUAUUACAUUUACCAAGGUGUCAAGGAACAUAUCGGUCACACUUCAAACGAACAUUUAGGUAACACUAAGGGACUCUUAAUAAGAGCUGUAGUUAUCCACAGAAGAGUAAUGAAGUAUAUGGACAUUGCUGAAAAUGUUGUGUCAUUAUCGUACGUCUUUCUUCUUCUAUUUGCUACCAUUAGCCAAAGCAUUAACAUAUUUAUUCUGUCUCAUACCAUUUUUAAAUUAGAGGCAAAUAUAGAUACACUGUUGUGUUUGGCAUUUGCAUUUAGCGAACUGAUAUAUAUUUUUUGCAUGAGCUACAUAGUGCAACAAUAUUUAAAUAUUUCUGAAAACGUUAGUUUGCAGAUAUACAAUACCAAUUGGUACGAGGCUUCUUUGUCUACGAAAAAAUUCUUGUUGUUCGUUAUGAUGAAAACAUCCGAAGAGCGUCGCUUCAAAUUAUUCAUCUUCUUUAAACCAAACUUCGAAGGUUUCGUGCAGAUAUUAAAAGUGUGCUUCUCCUAUUUCACGGUAAUGGCUUCUAUAGAAGGACGAUAGAAAUAGUAUCGAUGUUACAUUACAGAAACAUGUAAUAGAAAGUUAAUUAUUUAAUUAAUUAACAGUAUUUAGCAUAAAAUGCACAGAAACGAAUGAGACUACACACUGUAGUGCUUUCGUAAUUGAGGAAUAUUAAAUUAAUUACGAACUGGAUGAAACGAAUAUUGAAUUAAUUCAGUGGUUGUCAAAAUAUAAUUGAUGGGUGAAAUUCGUAUUUAUUUUAAUGUCAAACCGAGCUUUAAUAUUACAGGAAUGAUAUAAUGCAGUUAUACCUAACUAGAGAAAAGUUUGAAUAACCAAAGAUUGUAUUGAAGGCAGAAACUAUAAGCUGUAAACUAGAAGCAGCUGUUAGUAACACUCGAAGUUAAUAAAAUUUGCAUUACACGUUGCACUUUCAUCAUUCUGCCGCUAUCACGAGCAGGGUUUAUAGACGCUGAUUAAGAAAACUACCUCCGUUUUCUCACCCAGAGAACUGUAAUCAACUUGUUAGAAAUUAUCUUCAUUCCGUGGUGUACUGUGCACUAGGGAUAUUCGAUUCAGAUUCGAUUCUUUCAUUAAAAAAAUCGAUGUUUUGAAUCGAUUCUUCCAUAAGAAUCGAUUUUUCUGAUCCAUAAAAACACAUUCACUCCUAAAAAAAGUAUAACAAUAGUGAUUAAAACAUAAACAGUGUGGAGCGCCUGCUUUUGGUGUAAGAGCACGAAAUAUAAAAAAACAAAACCAACUCCGCUAGCGAAGCAAAGAAUAUUAUGUCGAAUGAAUGUAAUUUAUGCUGCACGCACCCUUUGCACCUAACAUAAUUGCAGUUACACGGAUCAGAAACAACCCUCUUCUUAUAAACACGAGGGUAAACGCUGUUUAAAUUGCAUCUCCUGCCAAUCAUUUUAAGCCACCCUCCGUGUAAACUUAAUAUCAGAUAAUUCAAAGGUAAAAAGUGGAAAUAAACAAUGAAACGAAGAUAUACUUUUGAGGGUGAAUAUUCUAUGGAAUUGACUAUUGAUUUUGAUCGAUAAUGGACAUCGAGUGGGAUGCAUACCGUGGAUUUAAUUAGAAUUCUCUGAAACAACUCAAUUAGAAAUUGUAUUAGGGAUUCACGUGAUUGAUAUACAUAAGGAAAUUAUUUAGCGCUAUCGAUAAAUUAUAUUAUUCAGGUCGAACAUAAAACUUUGGGUCUGCCGUUCCUAGUGCCGACCCCUGCUGUGGCACUUACUACACAAUAGGGCCGCUUUUACGAUUUGCCACUCAACCGAGACGUAUCUACUGAAAAUCGGGUAAUUCGUAAACGUUAUAUCUUGAAAACUAAUUAAAAUCAGGUGUAUACAUGUUUUCCUUUGAACUUAUAUAAAA